AUGAAGUUCACCACCGCCAUCUUCACCAUCGGCUCCCUCCUCGCCACCUCUACUCUCGCAGCCCCCGCCGCCCAGUCCGAAGCGGCAGUGGGCCACGUCGCCUCCGACGCCGAGCAGAUCGAGGCCCUCUUCGCCGACAUCGUCGUCGAGGAGGAGGGCGAGGACGGUGACAACCAGUCCCCCGCCAGCCCCCUCGUGCCCAGGGGCAACAACUACUGCAGCCCCACGGGCGCCGAGUCGUGCAACUUUUGGAUCAAGACCACCAUCCCCAUCGCCAGCUCCGGCUACCAGCGCUGGUGGGGUCUCUACAGCCACACCUGCGCCAAGAUCGGCGGCGAGACCCAGUCCCUCUCGCCCGCCUCCGAGAGCUGGUCCCUCACCUCCCAGCUGCCCUACACCAUUGAGCUCACCAUCAACACUGGCGGCUUCCGCCCCGGCGGCCACUUCUGGUACGCCGGCCGCAAGACCAGCCUAGGAAACGCCAUGUACUGCGAGGACUGCAGUGGCCUCACCGCGUCGAACUGCUGCCGUGUUGCUUUCCGAUGCCGUUAA